GGCGAGAGUUGGGAUUUGUUCGAACAACGGCCCCAAAUCCGUCGUGUUUCCGUGCUGUGCAGGGCUGUGCGCGGCUGGUCUCCCUGGUUCCCCAGGGAUCUCUUGUCCUCUGGAGCGUAGGAGCAGUCCUUGCAGUCCUUAGCGCCCCACCUGGGCGCUGCAGCGGGGCCAUCAUCGCCGCACAGCGAACAGCAGGUGCCACGCGUGGGCUCUCCAUGGCGUAGUUUCUUUCCGCCUGGGAGUUUGGACUGGAUAGAACUCGGCCUUCUUCCCAGGACUGCCACCAACAUAGAAUUUUGGUCUAAACUUCGUGGACAGAAAUUUAAAUGCUGGUUUGUUGUUACUGUUCAACAUCACGAGCUAUUUGCAGUAUAGUAUUAGUGGAUUUAAUACAGUGGAGUUCCUAAAUUUAGUGGCAAGACCCAGGUUAGACAGAAUUUCCCCCUUGCAGGCCCUGAUAACCAACAGCUUUUAAAAAAAACUUGGGAUUAAAAAUAUUGAUACAUAUGGCUUGAAAGGGAUUACAUUAUGGGUAAUUAACUUCAUAGGUGGUCUUUGUAGGGGGAAAGAGGUUUGGGGAUCUUUUCUGGUUCUUUAAGGUGUUAACGACUCUGAAAAAUAUGUACAUACUGUUUUUUCACACUACCUGCUUCUCAAAACAAGCUGCAGAGUAACCAGAUCAGAAAGUUUUUAUUAUUCUAUGCAACUUCGUAUGCAAGCCUUCUUUUUCCUUCUUGCCUCUGGGAGCUGAGGCAAGAUCUGUAUUUCUUAAAAACAAACACGUGCAAGGUGCUUUUGUCAGCAUACAAAGGGGAGGUGGGGCUUUAAGAUUGGUUUGGUGGUUAUUUUUGUGAAGACAGUUCUAAGGAAGAACUAAUCCAAGUGAUGCAGAUGUAGGCUCUGAGGCUUCCGUGGGGGUAUCGGUGAGGGAGUGACUCGGGGAUGCUAAAGCCGCCUCUGAUCCUGCAGACAUUUCUCCACGUUAGCGGUGGCGUUGCAGGAGUGGGAGGUCAGUUUGGCACUGCUUGGGUCCUCUCCUGUUUCUGCAGCUCUGAGCUCGUGUGAGGACAAGGAUGGGGCACACCAUGCAAAAACUCAAAUGAGUUAUAUUGUGCCUUGGACUUGUCAUAAAUGUGUUCUCUGCCCUCAGGAAGCAAAACCCCUGUAGUCAGUGGAGAAGAACUGGUCCUGGAGGAUUUUAUGUAUUUUACAGGAAUAAAUUCAAACAGAGAUUUCCAGACCUUACUGUUUUAUUUAAAUGGCUAUUUAUGACUUUUACAAGUUGUUGGUAAAUGUCCUGUUACAUUGGAACAGGAUUUAGAUUCGCUCUGGGCUCUAAACAAACAGAAUUGUCAAUAUGUGUUAGGACCGAGAGACGUCUUUUGUUGGUGGCUGGGUACAGAGAACAAAUACGAGAUUUCCUCACCUCCAGAACAGUUUGUCCAUCCUGAGCAACACUAACCACGGCGUGUGUAGGCAACAGUCUGUGCCAUCUCCUGCACUGCAAUUCCCUUUUAAGUGAACUUUGUGUCCUGGGGCUAAUCUUUGUUAUUUUUUUGUGUAAUACACGUGGCUGCUCUUGCACUCCUUUUUGAUGAUGCUUUGGGAGUUGCCCCUCAGAGGUCAAUAGGAGCAGUGAAAGGCUGAGUUCCGGUUCAGUGUAUUUUGCGUUCUCCAGACCCAAACCUGCAGCUGUGCUGCGGGAGCCUUUGUGCCUCGAGCACCGCGGAUCUCGAGGGGCAGGGGCAGGAGCGCGGGCGCUGCUGCAGUGUGGCUCGGAGCCCUGCCGUGCGUGGCCUGCCCACGGGAGUACAGGCGGGGCUGAGGCUCCGGGGAGCACAUUCCCUGGGAGCACGCGGCUGCCAGGUCCCAGGUUUGGCACUGCGGUGCAGCCCUUGGACCUGCGGCUGCCCGGCAGCACAGAAAUAGCCGCUGAAAGCUGGAGGGGAAAAGAGUUAAAGAGCUUCCCUUUCACCUUAUGCAAAUACACAAGGGAUACUUGGAAAAGAAAGGGAUGUCAGGAAUGCUGUUGGGAGGAGGGACAGCUGUUUGCUUUUUGUCCUCCCACAGAGUACAACCUAUUUAAAUAUUGACACGUUCUGUUAUUAAAAGACUUUCUUUCCUGUAUUUUAUGGUUAUUAAGUUAUGAAUGGUGGAAAUGGAGAGAUUUGUAAUUGCUAAUUCUUCCACUUGUAGUGACGUUGAAAAAAUUUUCUAUUGUUUUAUUUACUCGGAGAAAUAUGUUGGUAGAGUUUUCUAUCAGAUUUAAAUGGUUUCACCAAGGAUUGUGCUUUUUCUUUUAAUAUCAUUGCUUUUAGUUACUUUGUAUAUUUUAUAAUCUUAGUAGGCUAUCUGAACAUGCAGUAAAAGAAGAAAAUUUCAGACGAUGCAAUCUUGAAGAGAAAAUGGUGUAAGAUUAAUAUUAAAUGUCAUUGCUGAACAUUAUUAAUGCAGAUAUUAAAGCACUUGUGGGUGCAAAAGUUAUAUAUAUUUGUUAUUCAUAAAUAGCUCUGAGUGGUCACUGGGUCCUUCAUUGGUUCACACAUGGCCUGUUCCAGCCUUGGUCACGUCCUGGGGAUCUGUUCUCCUACGAGGUCACUGCAUCUAGAACUGCAUAACCACUCACAGCAUCCAUUUGCAACUGCUAAGGAAACAUGUUAAUGACAUGAAACAUCUUGGGUUGCGGAGCUCUUGCAGGGGUGGGAAAUGUAAAACCAGAACUCCUAGCGCUCCAGGGCAAAGAAUUCAGCAUGUGGUUAGGUUAGGAAGUAAUCUUUUGAAAUCAACAGAUCAUGGGUGACACCGAAGGUGUCCAGAGUCGCUGUUGGGCUGAGGCCUUGGUCAUUAAUCAUAGUUUAAAAUUAAGGUAUUUCACCUCAAUGUAAAAUUAGUUUCACAAAGAACGUGUUUUGCACACAGUACAGAUCACAGUCUGAAAGUAAUUUGGCAUGAGAAAGGGUGUUUAAUUUGAUAGUAGACAGUGAGGGUUUCAUGUCCUCAGGUAGUUUUAGCUGGUCAGACGUGAGUGAUUUACAGUCGCUGUUUGGUUUUGAGGAGUAGUGUCUGUGUACCCAAGGGAGCCUUCAGAGAGUGAAGGUUGCUCCCCUUGUGUUGAGCUGACUGGCAGACCUCUGACAGACUUUGGCAAGGUCAGUACUUUGUUCUCCAAAUUUUGCACCCUGUCAUUGUUAUUUUGGAAGUAAUCCUUACUCUCUUCUGUAAUUACCCAUCUAAUCAUCUGGUCGAAGAUGGUGGCAAAAGUUGUAAAUAAAAAUGGAACAGAAGAUGGCCCAGGUGCAGGGCAGCCUCUCGGUGUGUGCCUGGUUUGCAGUGGCUGCACAGGGGAUGGCGAGAGAGGAAUCUCUGCCACGUUUCAGCGUCCAGAGCUCUGCGGUCUGGACGGGAGCCACGGUUUAACGCUGGAGUGACUCUGGCAACUACAAAUCCCAGGGAGCCGUGCCCAGAGCAGCUCUGUGCGGGCGGGCUGGCACCGUGCGGGGCCAAUGGCAGCGGGGAACUCCCCGGCUCCUUGCGUGUCAGCUGCCAGCGCUCAAAAGCGCCGCACGGAGCUCGCUCCGGACUGCGAGCUGCCUGUUCCCUAAGCUACUCCAGAUUCCUGCGUGAGCUCUGACGUGACGCUGUGUUCCGCAGCCUCCCUGCCGGCUGGAAGAAGCCCGCUGCACCGGUGCCGAUGGAUGCGAUCCUGAACUGCAAGCCGGAGGACCUGGAGGAUUACUACAACUUGCUGGGAUGCGAUGAGCUAUCGACGGUCGAACAGAUUCUUGCCGAAUAUAAGAUUAAAGCCCUUGAAUGUCAUCCUGACAAGCACCCUGGAAACCCCAAAGCAGUGGAGGAUUUCCAGAGGCUGCAGCAGGCCAAGGAGACUCUGACCAACGAGCAGAGCCGGGCGCGCUACGAUCACUGGCGCCGGAGCAAAGUCGCCGUCCCGUUCCAGCAGUGGGAGGCCCUGAGCAGCUCCGUCAGAACGGUCAGAACUGAGUUUGGGCCCUCAGCAGAGCGGGGAGUCAAUGCACUGGGCUGUCCAAAGUAAGAAGGACCAAAUGCUGGAAGCUCCUGACUUUGGUAAUAGCAACAACAUAACUAACGAGAUGUGGAGCCAAGAGACGGCAAACAGUGGAGAUGGAUUGCUG